AUGACUGUUUUCAAGUUUAUGAACAAUACUUCAAUCAGCUUCAAUGAAACUCACUAUGAAUACAAUGGAACUUGGAGUUGGUUGCCGCACCUCAACCUGACCGGGAACAGAGGAGGUGGAGUUAUUCAUCAGACCCCUCAGGAUUCCAGCAAAGUCCCACUGGACGAUGCAGCUUGGGUGCUCACAGCCACGUUCAUCAUCUUUACAAUGCAGUCAGGAUUUGGGCUGCUGGAGGGAGGUUGCGUGUCCAUCAAGAACGAGACCAACAUCAUGGUGAAGAAUGUGGUUGACGUCGUGCUAGGAGGCAUCACAUACUGGAUGUUUGGGUAUGGCUUGUCUUUUGGAACGGCGCGGGGAUCAAAUCCUCUCUUUGGUUGGGGGAGCUUUUUCCUGAACGCUGAUGAAGAUACCAUGGGCGAUGUUUACACGACCUUCUUCUUCCAGCUCUCAUUCGCCACGACAGCCACCACUGUCGUAUCCGGAGCUAUAGCUGAGAGUAUAAAUUUUUCACCCCGCUUGGGUCGCUACGAUCACUCGGACGCUCCUCUUCCUAUGGGGUCGCCCACCACCGCCAUCUUGGGCAUGUUUAUGCUCUGGUGGGGCUGGCUGGGCUUCAAUUGCGGCAGCACGUUUGGGAUCAGAGGUCACAAAUGGAAGUAUGCAGCGCGCACGGCAGUCACGACAAUUCAGGCCAGCAUCGGUGGUGGCCUGAUGGGCAUGAGCAUCUCAUGGUUCAAGAACAGACAACUCGAAAUUGGCGACGUAGUUAACAGUAUCCUCGGAGCUUUGGUUUCAAUUACAGCUGGUUGCGCUCUGUUCACGACAUUCGAAGCCCUGUUGGUGGGUAUGGUUGGGGGAGCCAUAGCCGUGCUCACUAUGCCUCUUGUGGACAAAAUUCACGUGGAUGAUCCUGUCGGAGCGACGUCCGUUCAUGGCUUAUGCGGGAUAUGGGCGAUGCUUGCCAUCGGGCUCUUCGUGAAAGCUGAUACUCUUCUUGGCAUGACACAUGGUCGCUCCGGGCUCUUCCGAGGAGGAGGAUUUUACUUACUCGGUAUCCAGGCCCUGGCUUGUGUCGUUGUUAUGCUGUGGUCGACGUCAGUUACCUUCAUCUUGCUCAAGUUGAUCGACAAGCUGAUGGUACCAAUCCGGAUGAGCGAGUGGGAGGAGCUUGUGGGUGCCGACUUUGCGGAGCACGGCUUCAGGAGGAGAGGUGCAGGCAUCACCCGAGCCACUUCCGUGCUCGGCUUCCAGCACCACGGCCACGACUACUCCACCAUACCCGUGCAGGGGGACAACCCUUGCCACGUCUCGGUGCUACAAAGGCUGGAGGACCUCCAGUCUCGAAGGGGGUCGACACUCUCCGGGGCGCUCGCUCAAGUAACACGGCUGCACGCAGUUACCAGAAAAAUCAAAGACCGCUUCGUGAGGAAACAGGGAGCCAAGACUGAAGAUAGCCUGACUGCCAACUUCAUCCAAGACACAGACGAGAACGCUGUAGAAUCCUUACCAUCUUCUGCCAGAAGUAACAGAAGAAUCGGAACUGCUCGAACGUCACCAAUGUCUGCGGGUGCGGCGCGUCGAGCUUGGUUUGUAGAUGAUUGA